ACGUUCACAACACGAGAAGCGUGAAUGGCGGCGGAUCGUGCUGCAAGGAAGAUCAGCGAGAGAAGCGCGCACGCCUUCAGCGAGUAGGGGUCAUGCAAUGGCUCGGGUAAUGGCAUCUAGGCAUCCACAGAAGGGGGUUGGUUGGUUGGUUUGGGGGGUCGCAACACAGAGCAGAUGCUCUUUGAUCUGUUCAUGCUCGUAUCUUGCAGUCACACAGUCACGAGUGCACAGGCCGCAUGGGCGUGCUCGGCUCCCUUCAUUUGCCGCUGCGUCAUACAGCCGUCCCCGAGCCACACACAGUCGUGAGUUGCGAUUGCUUUGCUGCAAGGCAGCCACAGACGCAUAACAAGCGCUAUUGGCGCGAUUGCCGUCUCAUCUCGGCAUAUCCUGCCGGCGAUCCGUCCACUAUAGCUGCACAGUAGUGAUGUGAGUACAGCGGGGUCAUGCCUGGUGCUGACUCUAAGGAGACCUGUCCGAGCACAUAUAUAGGG